AUGAUAAUCCUGAUUGUAUCCCUGGCCGGGGCAGCAGAGCACUUGGUGUUCGAGGACAACUUCGACUCCCUCAACCUCAGCAACUGGGCCCAUGACAUCACCAUGAGCGGCGGCGGCAACUGGGAGUUCGAGCUCUACGACAACAACCGCUCCACCUCCUUCGUCAGGGACUCUGCCCUCCACAUCCACCCCGUCCUCCUCGAGGACAGGAUCGGAGAGGCCAAGGUGCGCGGCGGCUACCGCAUGGACAUGUGGGGCGGCGGAGACUCAGACCGGUGCACCGGCAACCGGUUUUACGGCUGCGAGCGGAUUAGCGACGGGGCGCACAUCCUCAAUCCGGUCCAGUCGGCCUUGCUCAAGUCUAAGAGGGCCUUCAAGUACGGGAGGUUCGAGAUCAGGGCCAAAUUGCCCAAGGGAGACUGGCUCUGGCCAGCAAUCUGGCUGCUUCCGAAGGAGGCCUAAUACGGAGGGUGGCCCGCCAGUGGUGAGAUCGACAUCAUGGAAUCGAGGGGCAAUCUCAACUACCCUAACGGAGGUGUCGAGUCUUUCUCCUCGACCCUGCACUGGGGCCCCGACUUCUUCUCGAACAGGUACGACAAGACCCAUGCCGAGCACAAGCACUCGGCCCCCCUCUCUGACGACUACCACGUCUACGGACUGUACUGGGACGCCAACCAGAUGUACACCUAUCUGGACAACGACACCAACCGCGUGCUGUAGCUGAAGGUCAACUAGUCUUUCUGGGAGCGUGGGCAGUUUGAAGACGGUCGGGACAACCCCUGGCAGGGCGGGUCCAAGGCUGCGCCUUUCGACCAGUCCUUCUACCUGAUCCUCAACCUGGCAGUGGGCGGCACCAACGGCUACUUCCCGGAAGGCGUGGGGAGCAAGCCUUGGUCCAACAACAACGAGUUCGCGUCCAGAGACUUCUACAACGCUAAGGGUCAGUGGUUCAGCACCUGGACCCAGGACUUCAUGGUCGACUGGGUCAAGGUCUACCACCUCACUCCCACUCAGGGCGCAGACCAAUGA